AUGACUUGCUGUUCCAUAUGGACGUUACGAAAUUUAUCUGUUGAAAACUGUGUUAGGGAGUUACCCCUGGUGCCUAAUUUGACUUUUCAUAAUAAUACGGAAAUGCAAAUAACAUACGAAUAUAAUGCUGAAGAGUGCCCGUGGUAUUACUACGAUAGUUCAUAUAAAACACUGCUAGGAGCCUGUCUCAUUUGCCUAGGUGUAUUCGGGAUGCUGCUCAACAGUUGGCUGUUUGCCACCUUCAUGCACAGUCACCUACUUACUUCAAAAAGUCAUCUUUUAGUACUGAAUCUCUGUACAGCCUCACUUGGGAGGAAUUUACUAGGAUUCCCAUUUGCGGCUUCGUCUGCGUUAGCAAAAAGAUGGCUAUUCGGCCCUGAUGCGUGUCAGCUUUUUGCUUUCCUAAACCAGUUCUAUGGUAUAUUUCAAAUGACGUCAUUGUUCUCGCUGGUUCUUGAAAGAUACAUACUUGCAAGCCAUACAAGACGAGAAAGAAGGCUAUGUUUUAGAUAUUAUUGGUCUUUAGUUGCUUUGACCUGGGUUAACAGUUUAGUAUUUGCGAUACCGCCUUUAUUCGGAUACGGAGUCUACUCGUGCGACACCACGGGAACAGCUUGUAUGUAUUUAUGGCCGUCUUCACGAGCAAGUGGAAAACAUUUGGGCUACGCGAUCCCGUAUGUUUUAUUUUGCUGCGUUCUACCUGUCGUUGGAAUAUUCUAUUAUAUGGGUAAAGCAAGCCGACUGGAAAGUAUAUAUUACAGAAAUGAAAUACUUCGAGAGGAAAAACAUUUGACGAAGUGUAUACACGCUCUAUGCGUCAUAACCUUGGCUUUAUGGAUCCCAGCAGCAUUAUUGGCUGGUAUUCAAUGGUUUCCUCUACUUGUAUUCGGUUAUCGACCCCAUGCCCCACCAGUUUUGGCUUUGAUUGCGCCCCUCACUUCUGAGGCAGCAACUUGUGUACCCGUCUUAAGCUACCUGUCAUCGGAUGCUCGGAUACGAGCAGCACUUUUGGGACGCAUGCGCAAAAACUACGCCCUUCUACCACCUCAGUACGCGAUGAGAUAUCGAAGGGACCAAGUUUGUUUUAAGACGCUUUAA